ACCAGUACAUACUCAAUGUUGCGGAAAACCUACAAUUUGCCCUCUUCGUUAGCGAGAUUAUCAGAAAAUCCAUUAUCUACCUACGUGGCAUUUGUGAGACCCAUUUUUAAUUGGCGUGGAGUUCCACAUGGACAAAAAAUAAUAAAAAUUUUAUUUUAAAAAUUAUUUUAAAAAAUUAAACAUAUUUUUUUUAUAAAAAAAAUCCCUACCUAGAUUCUCUCUCUCCCCCGAUCUCCUCUCCUCCUAGCCCCCAGCCACCUAAACCACCACCCAAGCUUACUCAGGCCACCUAUCCCAGCUAUCACACCUUUCUUGUUCUAGCCCAACCCAUCACCUCCCCCAUGCCACAGAUCUGAUCGUUUUCCCCAAAACCUGAUUUCCUCCAUCACUUAACCCACUUUGCCAAGCUUUAGUUUGACUCAUCCUGACGAUUGGUCUCUGUCAGAAGAUUUUGGAGCAUUCUAAUCACCAGAUUUGUUACUCCCUAUUGAUUUUUCUUCAACAUUCUCUUUCUUUGCCCCCUAUCCUUUGCUCCAACCCGAUCCAUUGUUCUCAAUAGAUGCAAAUUCGAUUAGCGUUUUGAGUUUGCAAGAUUGUUCAUUGAUUACAGAUCGUGGAUUGGGGUUUUUGGCAAAUGGGUCUUCCUCAAAAACCAUGAAAAGGUUGAAUCUUGCAGAGUGUGAUAGAAUCGCAGAUUUCGGGGUCACGCUUUUGGAGAAAAUGUGUUGCUGGGUUUGAUCAUAUGGAGAAAGUUUAAAUUGUUGGGCUUGUUUGUCAGGGGGCAAGGCUGAGUAUGUGGGGUGGCUAGGGCUCGUGGAUUGCGGUGUGGCUGGGUUUGCUGAGUUGCAAUGUUGGGUUCGUGGAUUGUAGGGUGGCUAGGGUUGCGACGAGGCUGGGUUCAUUAAUUGCGACGAUGAUGGCUGGAGAUGGGGGUGGGGCUAUGCCUGAACGAGAAAAUAAUGUGAGAGAGUUCUUCUACUUUAAUGAGUAAACUACGGUGGAGAUUCGAACACUGGUGCAGACUGGGAAGUAUAUCCGCUCUAACCAACUUGUCUAAGUCCCUGUCAAUCUUUAAUCAUUUUCAAUAUCUAAAAACAAGAAGAAGAAAAAAAACUGGUCAAUGUUACCAACCAUUUAGCCACAUGGCAGUCUCGCAAAUUCCCACCAUAAGGAGCACCUUACCAGUAAUUUCAUUUGAACACCAUCUCUACAACAAUUUUCACAAAUCUCAAUUUUCCCGCCCAAAACCCCCGCUUCAUUUCUCUCUUUUCGUCGGUAGUAUUCUCUCUCUACAGAUAUAUGCAUUCAAUUUUAACUUUUUUUUUUUUCUUCGUUCUUCUUUUGUCUCUGCAAACAAUGCCGGACCUCGGAAACCUCUCUCUCUCAGCUUCUCUAACCCUCACGACCUCCCCUAACUUCAAAUUGCUCACUGAUUCCCCCGAACAGAGCUUGGUCAAAACCCUAGGCCUUGACUGCGAUUGGGACCAGAGGUUGAGGUUCGCGACUCUGCACAAUGCCGAGGUCAGCACUGGCGCUGCAAUCAGGGUUUUCCGGCGGAGCCGGCCAUUGGUGGACAGAUCGAAGAAGAUCUCCAGCGGCAAGAGUUUGGAGGACAAUGUGCGCGAAUGGGUUUCCAACAGAGUGGAAUUGGGCAUUCCUGAGUCGCGGUGCUCGUUGCCGUUUCUUUACGGUGCAAAGAAAUUGGUUGAAUGUCUUGUUUGCCAUUAUUAUGUCUACCCUGGGGAGGAGGUCGUAUGCUCUGUUCGUGGUUGUCAAGGAGUGUAUCAUGGGAAAUGUGUGAAGGAAAGGCUUCGAAUCUCUAAUAUGAAAAAGUUCAAGUGUCAGCAGCAUGCAUGCUUCAUUUGCAGACAGAGGGUAGAUUGGCGGUGUAUGCGAUGCCCUAUAGCGUCACAUGAUAAAUGUGCUGCUUGGCCGGAUGAAGUGAUUUACUUGAAAGACCGGCCAGGGAAGGCUGUUUGUUGGAGGCAUCCUACAGAUUGGCGGCAAGAUAGGAAGCAUGUGGUUUCGACAAGCAGCAUAGAGGAGGUAUUCUGUCGCUUGCCUCUGCCUUACACUGAUGAGGAGUUCAAGAUUGACUUGACUUGGAAAGAUACGGAUAUUAAAUUAGAGCCACCUCCAUAUGUGCACAUCAGGCGUAAUAUUUACCUAGUCAAGAAGAAGCGUGAUGGCAGUGAUGAUGAUGUUGGAUGCACAUGUCGCACUUCCAUAUGCUCUGAGGAUUGUGUUUGCAGGGGUCAAUGCAUAAGCUGCUCAAAGGCUUGCCAUUGCUCAGAAAAUUGCUCAAACCGACCGUUUCGCAAGGAGAAGAAGAUCAAAAUCGUAAAGACUGAACACUGCGGUUGGGGAGCAGAGGCAGCUGAAUCCAUUAAGAAAGGCGAUUUUAUAAUUGAGUACAUCGGGGAAGUUAUUGAUGAUGCUUUGUGCGAACGAAGGCUUUGGGACAUGAAGUACAAAGAGGUGCAGAAUUUCUAUAUGUGUGAAAUUCGAAAAGACUUUACAAUUGAUGCAACUUUCAAAGGAAAUCCAUCUCGAUUUUUGAACCACGGCUGUGAUCCCAACUGUGUCCUUGAAAAGUGGCAAGUUGAGGGUGAAACACGGGUGGGUGUGUUUGCUGCAAGAUCAAUAGAAGUUGGAGAGGCAUUAACAUACGAUUACAGAUUCGUGCAAUUCGGACCCGAGGUGAAGUGCCAUUGUGGUGCUCCAAAUUGUCAAGGCUACCUUGGAAGCAAGAGAAAGAUUCAUAAGGUGGAACUUUGCUGGGGUUCAAAACGCAAAAGAACAUCAACUGCUUGCAUAGCUAUCAUUACUCAAUGAUUUCUCCCACAUAGACGUAUUUUGUUGUAUCUCUAUCUGAUGUUGUGGAUUGCCCAUAUCAAGAAAUGUGGGCAAAUAGAAGAAAAAGAAAAUUCAAAAAAGAAAAAUUCAAAAAGCACAGAUUACAUAAUCACACCUUGUUAUUGUUUGGAUACAAACUAAGGAGCAUUUUGUAUUGUAAGAUUGUAACGUUCAAUCCUCUGCAGCAUUUAUAUUGGCCUUAAAACAGUGUAUUAGUAAAGCCUGUAAUUGAUUUGCCCAUGUGGGGAUAUGUAGUUACAUUUGAUCAAAAUAAGAAAAUUGACCUACUUGUUCAUUCUUUCCA